AUGGCUGCUCCCAUUCUUCUGUUAGGUUCCUUAUUAGCCAUGUCUUCCUUUCUUGCCUUGGCGUAUGACGUCAAACCCCUUCAGGACUUCUGCGUCGCGGAUGCAAAGAGCUCAGUGACAGUGAAUGGCUUAGCCUGCAAGGAUCCCAAAAAGGCAAAAGCCAAGGAUUUCUUCUUCAGCGGUCUUCACUUGGCAGGGAACACAUCAAAUGCAGUAGGGUCAAUAGUUACACCAGUGAAUGUAGCACAAAUUCCUGGACUCAACACUCUUGGCAUCUCCCUUGCCCGCAUCGACUACGCACCAGGGGGAAUCAAUUCUCCACACACUCACCCUCGCGCCUCGGAAAUCUUGACUGUCAUUGAAGGCCAACUAGAAGUUGGGUUUGUCACUUCAAAUCCUGAUAACCGUCUUAUUGCGAAGACAUUGAACAAGGGCGAUGUGUUCGUGUUUCCAAUUGGACUAAUCCAUUUCCAGAGGAAUGUAGGAUGGGGAAAUGCCGUCGCCAUUGCUGGUCUUAACAGCCAAAACCCUGGUGUUAUCACCAUUGCAAAUGCAGUGUUUGGGGCUGAUCCGGAAAUCAAGAGUGACAUUCUUGCCAGGGCAUUCCAGUUGGAUAAGAACGUUAUUGAAUUUGCUCAAUCCAAGUUCUAA